ACAUGCAAUGAUUUUUUUCGCUUAUCUUGUUGUUUUUGUUUUGUUGUUAGACUUUAGGGACGCGUUAUCACGUUUAUGACCUUGGUGUCCGAAGUCUAAAAAAAGUUUCAUUUCAUUUUAAAAUGUAUGGUGGAGAAUUUUUUCCAUUCGCCAAAGAACAUUUCAAUUGGUCUUCGACAAAAUUAUGUAGUAUUUAUAACCGGACGAAUCGAAAAUUGCUAUGUAAAGCGGUAAGGAAUCGCGUCAAUAUGUAAGACGUCCACCAAAUACGUACCAGCCGAUAUACUAUAUGUACAAAACAUAAGAGGUAAAACUUAGACAUGAGUAUCAUGGUGUGGGUAUGCCUUUUUUGGCAAGUUGUAGGAGCCAUUUAUCGGAUCAAAGAAAACAUGAAUGUUGACACCCCUAUGCCGAAGUACGUCAGAACAUUAUGUUGUCGUAUGUCAGUGAAAAAAUGCAGCUUGUUUGGAAGUUCCAACAGGAGAAUAAUCCCAAACACAAAACUAAAGUUGCUAAACGUGAAUGCCAACGUAAUGGAAAAGUAGCCACAGUUCAAUUGACGUCUUCUACAUCACAAUGCAACUAUGGAGACAUUAUAUAUAUUGUUAGGGAUUUUAUGGCGCGUGGAUUUGUAGAAGUUUCCGCAAGUGAGGAACGUUCACUGAGCGGCUUGACUUGUGCCACUUACUACAGUGGCCAAAUAAAGGAGCACAAAUUCGGUGUGAGAUUCAUGGAGGGAGAGACUGACUAGAGGCACUCAUCCCGGUGGAUGAACGUAUAGUCAUAAUCCGCAUCAAAGCGAUGGUUUUUCAACAUAUUGCUGAUUGCGCCCAUAACCCGAUGGUCGAGACGCUGCAAUCACAACAGGCAGCCUUACAUCGACAAUGUAUAAUUUUGUAGAAUUGCGUACAAUUGCUGGCUUACGCUGAUGAUAUUAACACCAUUGACCUCAACAUCCUUGCCAUAGUGAUCGCAUCCUUCCCACGUCACUGUUGACAGUCCUAACUUCGAAGUCGUAGAUAAUUUCGUCUAUAUUUGGAACUAGUAUUAACACCAAAAAUAAUGUCAGCCAACAUGUGCUACUUCGGACUGAAUAGGCAAU